UUAUAUGAAGUAGUCAACACACAGUAUCGGUCGUAUAUAUAUAUAUAUAUAUAGUAGGCUAGUCUAUAACAUUCAGCAAGGAUUUCCGAACCGGACUAGGACAUUUCAUAGCACCUAUUUACAGAAGCAUUCAAAGGACGAAUCAUUACAAUGUAAAUAUUAAACUACCUUGCUUACUUCGUGAUAAUUCGGUAGGUCUAUGGUGGGACACAAAUGUUUGCAAGUCUGUUCAUUCGAGUCAUGCAGCCAGCCAGCCGGCGAACUCUGUGAUGCUUUCGGACCUCUGUGUGUGUCAUUUGGAAAGCAGCCUGUCUAACUUCAAAGUGGAAUAAUAUUGUCGGGAUUUUGUUUGUCAUGCUAGACUUGGCAUGAACGUGGAUUGUGUUCAUCUCAUUUUGGAAAACAGGUGAAGCUAGAACCUGUGUAAGAUUCACGUGAAAAUGGCGGGUAAUAGCGGGGUUCCGAACAGAGAAUCUUGGGUGAUUACCUUGAGGGUGAAAGCAGGCAAUGACCAGUGUGCUGACUGUCGUGACUGUGACUGUGAUAAGUGCGGUUUUCCAGAUCCUGUUUGGGCUUCGACUGAUUUUGGAAUCAUUGUUUGUGAGGAAUGUAAAUCACUUCAUGAAUCGGUGACGAGAGUGGAAUUCAAAUCAAUCCUGAGUAACAAUGAGUGGACGGAAGAAGAAUCCAAGAAAAUGGAGGUGACAUGCAAUAGCGAAAUGAACGAGAUUUAUGAGAAACGAGUUCCACCUGGCUAUCAGAAACCCACAAGAUGCUUCAACAGGGCUUUCCGGGAACACUGGUUGAUCUCAAAAUACAUCAAACGCCACUUCAUGGGUCCAGAGAAGGACGCAGCCUUCCCCAAACUUCCCAAAAGGGCGGAUAACAUCUCCACCACUGUGCCAGCCUACCUCAAGAUAGGCGAGAAGACUGGGUAUCUAUGGAAACGAGGUCGAGAUGAUGACAUGUUCCAGAAGAGAUGGUUUGAAUUCAGUAUCGGCGGUCAGUCGGGCUCGCGAGCAUCCCUGGUUUACUACACAGACGCCAAUAAGCAGAAUCUUCGAGGAGAUGUAAGCCUGAAUAAUGUCCAUGUAUGUCUGGCCUCAGAAGAUAAGAUACGUCAUCCUAAUGGUCUUCAGCUCAUCUUAGAAGAAGGAAGACAAGUCCGGAUGAUUUAUCUAUAUGCUGAUCACGAGAAGGACAUGAUAGAGUGGUACCAAGCCAUUUGCAUUGUCAAGUUCUGGGUUGCCAGGUAUGUCAGACUAGAGUCCAAACAACCCGACGGUGUAAACCAGGUUCAUCGGACUCUGAACCAUGAGAUUCUCUUGGAAGGGUCUUUGCAGAAGACUGAUAGUUCAGCUAAGAAGGCCUUCAAAAGAAGAUGGUGUAUCCUCUACGGCAAACGCCUCAUGUACUUCAACAACGAGCUGGAUGCUAACCCACUCAAGGUGGUCAAACUGGGGUCCCAUACAGAAGGUUUCUCAUUGAGCAUGACUGGAGAUCACCAUCCUCAAUGGCCCAAAGGGGGAUUUAACUUCCUCCUGAAGACUCCUGGAAGGGUGUUCACCUUCAUCGCAGAUGCUGAACACGAGAGACAGGCCUGGUUUCGAGCUCUCUUCAGGGCGUGUAAUCCGAAUUCGUGUCAAGCUCGACCCAAACCACCACCUCGGCCGUCAAGUUGUACCCCUCUACCAUCUCCUCCUUCCAAACCAAGGGGUUCCUUGCCUGAUGUCCCGAAGCACGAUGUCCCGAAACCCGAAGUGCCAAAGCCCGAAGUCCCGAAGCAGUUUACCAGUCAGCUUUCGAUUCCAGCACGUGAUCCUCCGACGCCGAGCCCACGUGUUCCUUCUCCUGCCAGAUCAGUUUCUUCAUGUGCUUCUGACAGAGAUUCACAGGCAUAUCUCAAACCUAUCUUCAGGCCUUCGGACGAUCUUCCACCACCUGUCCAACCAAGACCACUUCAGACACUUCCUGGCUACGUCUCAAGUAGCGAUGUACAAAGUGACGAUGAGGAUUACCCUGAUGCAUCAAGCUCGAGUGAAAGCGAAGAACUGAACUACAUUGAGUUGGAUGUGGUACCUAUCAUUUGCACCAAGGUAGACAAGCUUGGGACCUGCGUGAAGGCAUACGGCUUCUGCCUGAGGGUUCCUCAAGAAGCCAUAGAUGUUCCUCGAGAGAAUAAAUGUUUUGUUUCCAUCACACCACAGCAAUGGGAAUGCCCGGUGAUUACUGACAAUGAGCUACCUGGUAUCAAUGCCCACAGCGCGCAGGUCAUCGAAUGCAGGAGUUUCAACUACCAUAGACCGCUUCUCAAACCCUUGCAGCUGGAGAUACCUCACUGUGCUAACAUCGGUGACCUCAACGAAUGCAGAGUUAGUCUGUGGCAUAGACCACCCCUAAGCGAUAACACCCUCGCACAAUGGCGAGAAGUACCAGAGACUAACACAGCCCUGACAUGCCGCGUCAAGCAGCGAUGUCUUAAGCUUGGAACUCUUCAUCUGGGUAGCUACGCCUUCCUUUUAGAUGGUCCUGGAAUACUUGGAAAGUCCAUGCAGAUGGCCAUCUUCACUAGAGCCAGUGCCCAUACAGAAGUCGUCACAGCACACAUCUACCUCUUCAACAAUAUCAGCAGUGAUGCAGUCUGGACGAUCAUUGAAGAGAAGGAGUUCAAUGGCGGCUCCGUAUUGAGUGACGUCAGUACAUCCUUUUCCAUUCAAAGAGGUGGCAGUGAACUGUCCUUGACCUUACAUGACCUUGAAGGUCUUCAACUCUGCAAUGACCAACCCGAUGUGCUGACGGUUCCCCAGAAGAAGCUUUGGCAGUCUCCUUUCACCAUGUUGAGAGUAAAGUUUAAGAACACAGCUAGUCAAGGAAAGGCUAACGUCACUCUCAGACAGGCCGAUUCUACCGGGGCAGACAGUUGGCAGGAAGACGCAGUUUUUAGUUUCUCAGCCGAUACCAAUCAGAAAUAUUCCGAGCAUGGUGCAUACUGCACGCCUGCUGACAUUGCCCAGUGGCAGGCUCGAUCCCAGCACCUCAUAACCCCAGCUCCCGGCUCCCGGGAAUCUAUCAUUGCAGGGGAAGACUCCUACGUGCAUCUUGACUUUUACCCGCUGCCCGCCCGCCAUACGUCGGAACGCCGCGAGGCGCAAAGGAAACAGAGCCUUCGACACCACCACACCAUCCGCCUCCUCGGACAACACCGCGGUCGCACCCCUUUCUCGAGGACCACACCCCGCGAAUUUCAGAAGAAAUAUCAGGGCGGGUCAGAAGGGGAUGCGUCAUCCUCGACAACACCGAGUGAAGCGAGCACGGAUGGCAGUAGCCAGACCUCACAAUGCACUACCAUUCCCAAGGGGUUGAAGAAAGACCUGGGUCAAGUUCUUGAUGACAUGGCCGAGUAUGGAAACGACUGGAGCAUGCUAGCACGCUAUCUGGGGUUAGAACACCUCAUGCAUCGCUUCAUCGUCAGCUCACAUCCAACAAUGGCUAUACUAGACUGCUGUGAAAAGAUGGGCUACACCCUGACCUACAUCGAGCAAGCAGUGAAAGACAUUGAUCGACAAGAUGCAGCCAGUCUUGUAAGAAGCUAUAUUACCACCAAGGAAGGUAACGAGGACUGACACAUCAACAGUACUAACAAACGCUUCUCUUGAUAAUGAUGGAUGUAAUCAAGGUCAAGUGAAUAUAUAGACAUUUAUUUUCAAAUGGUUCCCGGGAUAAAAGAUGAAAGCCACUGCGAAUAUGGUAUUUUUUCUUUGAAUAUGUACUUUAGGACAAACUUGAAGCAAGUGUCUCGUCCAAACAGAUGGCGUCGUUGUCUAAAUAGACUACAUCUUGAUGGUAACACUGAAGAAACAUAGCUUACUUCUCAACUCUGACUGUCAUUCUGAGAAGAUUAUGUGGAAAGACUUUUAGUUCAGAUUCAACUUUCUGCCCAAAAUGUAUGUUCAUGUCAUAUGACUCGACUUCAUUUUGUAGAACUUCGCUGCCGAACAAUGAUCAAUUGGGUCUAAAUACGCAAAACGUUCAUAGGAUAGAACUACUGUUUACCAUUGUGGAAAUAAGAUUUUGAGUUAAUGUGUAAAAACUAUUUUGAAUGAGUAUACAGGAUGUAUAUAUUACUUAAUAAUUUCUGCUUUUGAUUCGUAACCCUUUUGCAAAAAGGAGAUACCGAUGAAAACAUCUCAGUAAAUAAAGGUAUUUUUUAUUCUUUAAAUAUUUAACUAAGCAAACGGAAAAGGUAUUUUUCAAUAUGUUUUAAUUAUGCCCUUUACUUUCCAAUAUGAAUAUCAUUCACAUGGAUAUAUUUGGUGUGUAUUGUGAAAUUUCAUUUUAAGUGCUUAAUACAUCUUUAUUUUGUGUAAGACGUAUCUAAAAAAAAAAACUCAGUUGUUCCUAUGAGACUUAGAUAUAAAAACGGUACAAAUUAUCAUCUAUGGUACAGGUUAUAUUAUUAUUGUGUCAAAAUUGAGGGUGUUAGCAUAUACUUAUUUAAACUUCACAUAUCAGCAAAAUACCUGUCACUAUUUGCUCUUUAUUCUCCGAAUUACGCAAGCAAUCAACUCUGGUCUUUUAGAAGUGGUGGUCAGUUACCUGACUGCUAAGAAAGCAAUGCUUGUUAGUAAGCAACCAGAGGACUGACGGUUUUAGUUCCUCUCCGAGGGUCUUAUUGGUUUUACUUCUGUGUGGAAUAUUCAUUCCACAUGGUUAAAUAUGAACCAUAAUCAUCAUUUGAAUUCCUUUUCAUAUUAGUUAGUAAAAUGACAGGUGGUGUUUCUUUUCAUGGUUAUAUUGGUGCAUUAUGAACCUUUGGUCUUAUUCUCUGUCAUUGAAUUUUAAAUGUAUAUUGCGUCAUAUAGAUUCAUUUUUUUCGUUGAUACUAUGCAUUAUUACUCAGAUAGUUUGCUACUUUUGUAUUCUAUUUGUUGACAAGUUUGUUGGUAAUGUUUGAACAUGUUUUCACCCAUCCCCAAUUUUUUUUCUUCUUAUUUGCUGACAAGGUACAGAAAAGGCUCUUCAUUAGCCGACAGGAAUCAUUAAUGAUUUGCAAAAGGACCUAUUCCCCAUGUUUUGACAUAGGAUGAAAACAAUGACAGAUUUUGCCGACAGACUUUCUGAAAAGUAUUAUGGCCUUCUAAUGAAGCCCCUGAUUAGAAAUGAUAAUCAUAAUAAUGAAAUCACUGAUAAAAAUGAAGAAAAUAUAUCUUUCAAUUAUAUGUUUAUUACAGUCUUACAUUUAAAAUGUGAUUUUGUUUAUUUGGUGUCAGAUAUACAAGACCUGUAAUGAAUGUAAAUUUCCUUCGAAGAUCUAUAUUUUCUUUAAAAGAAAGAACUAGUGGUAUAUAUUAUGUUCUGGGAGUGCGUGUAAAUUGAAAUAUAAUACAAUGUAUAAGCUGGAAUAUAACAGUUCACUAUAUGUUCAUUCGUAUAUAUACAUAUAUAUUCUUCAAUGACGUAGUGACAUGAGAACAAUUGAAAAAGAUACACACGUGACGCCCUGCCGGUGGCUGUCGACAUGUGACCGUACGUGACAGAAAUAAGUUUAAAAGUUUCCCUUAUCAGCAUAUCUUACGAAUUUGAGGUCAUCAAAUCAUUACCCUGCUAAUAACCUUAUAACAAGGAAGAACAUAAAAGCAGACAGACUAAAUACAGGGUCAGUCAUUUUAAAGGUUCGCCGUGUAAUUUGUGAUAACGAUUGAUCAGAUAGGAAUAUCGCUAGCAAUAUUUCGUUGACAAUGUUAGAAGUUUGUUGUGAAAAUAUGAUAAGCAGGCAAAAGAUGACUAGUCACUCGGCGAAAUAUUUCCCAUGUGCCAUAAGUUAGACUACAAAUAUUGCUGUUUUGGGGGAAAAGUAUUUCUGAAUUGAUAAUCAUAUAAAUAUAGACCCAUGUCCCAUGACAGAAAGUACUGUGUUUUCUUAAGUAUCGUAUAAAUACGCCACCGAAGGGUGUGCGGGGGUAUGCAGCUCAAAGCACAAUAAAUGUAAUGUGAAACUUUUUAUAUGAAUGCAUCUGUAUUUUUGAUUGAUUUUACGUAUCAGAAUCCAAUCCAGAGAAAAAGACCAAGUCCCUUGUAAAAGGGGUCUCACAUACCUUUUAAAACAGAACAUCCUCUUUCAGAAGUGAAAUUAUUUCAAAAGCAUAAUCUGUUUUCUUAUUCUUUUGAGCUCAAAUCAUGGAAUUUGUGGUACACCCGAAUAUGGGGCCCAGUCAAAAUUGAUAUGUUUAAAAAUGCAUCGUUAUUGUCAACAGAGAAUUCUUAAUUUGUUUUGAGGAUGGAAUGUGUUUUUAAUGAUGUAGUGGCAGUCACUGUUGACAAUAAACAAUGUUUGAAUGAAUAAUGCCAUUUUCACGAAUAGAAAAUAUUAAUAUUGAUAGACUAUUUAAAGAAGAGCUUGCACAGGUCGUAUGAUAUGGUGAAAGUAUAUAAAUUAUCAUCUUGCAAA